AGAGAAGGAUUAUCGGCUGAAGAAACACUUAGGCUUGGGAGUUACAAUGCUUUGCUCAAGACCUCUCUGCCUGGAGAGUUUCAGUACUAUAAGCCAGAGGAAGAGAGCUUUGAGUCAUCACAUGACGCCUUUAGAUCUGCUUUACCACGUGGGUUUGCUUUUGAGAUACUUUCUGUGUACUCAGGGCCGCCUAAUAUAGCCUUCAAGUUUAGACACUGGGGAUACUUUGAAGGAGAUUUCAAAGGCCAUGCUCCUACUGGGGAAAUUGUUCAGUUCCUAGGCCUAGGAGUUCUAAAGGUUGAUGAACUGCUUAGAGCAGAGGAGAUUGAGAUUUAUUAUGAUCCAGGAGAGCUGUUCGGGGGACUGCUCAAGGGACCUCCUAUAUUAGAGACCAAAACCACAGACAGUGGAGACAACACUGCAGAGAAA